UCUCCACCAGAGACGAUGGGCAAGAUUAUCUUUUACGAGGACAAGAACUUCCAGGGUCGGAGCUAUGAGUGCAGCAACGACUGCACAGACCUUCACUCGUACUUCAGUCGCUGUAAUUCCAUCAGGGUGGAGAGCGGCUGCUUCAUGAUCUACGAGCGUCCCAACUUCAUGGGCCAUCAGUACUUCAUGAGGAGGGGCGAGUACCCGGACUACCAGAGGUGGUUGGGUUUCAGCAGCUGUAUCCGCUCUUGCCGGAUGAUUCCAGUGUACCGAGGCUCAUACAGGUUGCGUAUUUAUGAGAAGCCUGACUUCAGUGGCCACAUGAUGGAGUUCAUGGAUGACUGUCCUUGUGUGUCUGACCGUUUCCACCACCGCCACGUCUACUCCUGUAACGUUAUGAAUGGGUACUGGAUCUUCUACGAAUACCCAAACUUCCGAGGCAGACAGUACUUCCUGAGACCCGGAGAGUACAGGAGGUACCGCGACUGGUGUGCCACCUGCUCCAUCAUCGGCUCCUUCCGAAGAGUCACCGAAUUUUAGCCAUGAUACCAAACUUUGCUGUAAAUAUCAAACAUUUUGUUUAUUAAAGACGUCAGAUUUUAAGCU